GCUAACGGAGGAGCCAGCUGCAGAACUGCCAAGUAGCCAAGGAAAGGCUGAAAUGCACAAGUGCCAAACCCGUUUGAAAGAACAGGAUUUAUCAUCGAAACCCACCCUCAGAACUGGUCUCCAAACUCAAGCAUAACCACCAGACUAAAGAAGACCCAGCUCUGAAUAAAUACAGGAAAGCCUUGCGAAAAUAAAGAAGCAUGUCACAAAAUACAAGUAACCAGCCUUUGCAGCUUAAACCAGAGCUGCCAAAGGCAAGUGGCAUGCACGCUCGGCCUGUUCCAAGGACUCCAGCAGCUACAGAUGAGCGCAGGAAACAGCUGGAGGAGUGGUUGGCAGCCAAAGGCAGGACGUACAAGCGGCCGCCGAUGAGGUUGCUGAUGAAGCAGGCGGUGAUACCAUCCUGCAGAAAGGGCAAGCCAACCGAGAAACAAGACAAUCCAGAGCAGCACUUCCGAGCCCAGGCAAACAGCGUAUUAACUGAGUGCCUGCAGCUCAUUGAGGAGGGUGUCCAUGCAGAGGAGAUCUCAACAGUGCUGUCCCUUGUGCCCCAGGCAGAGAAAUUUGCCAAAUUCUGGAUCUGCCAGGCAAAGCUGCUGGCCCGGAGUGGCCCCUUUGAUGUGUUGCAGCUGUACAGAGAAGCAGUCAGCGCUGGGGCUGAGCCAGUUGAAGAUCUCCGAGAAACUGCUCUCAAUAUUUUGAAGGAUGCAGGCCAAAAACUGGAAGGAGCAAAGGAAGAAGAAGCCACUCCUCGGGAACCUACCACACCAUGUCCCGCUGAGAGGCACCCUGUAGCAUCAACUCCAGGCCUGGUGGGGAGGCACAUGACCUCCCUCCCCCCCUCAGUCAAGUUACAGGUUACAUCAGCAACCAGAGGAAGGGAAUUGCCAGAACACAGAGAAUUUAAAUUCCUAACCCCUGUGCGGCGCUCCCUGCGGACUGAGAGGGCUCGCAGUCGCUACCCAGAGAUGCUAAAGGACCAUGACCCUGUGGUGUCAUCCCUCAGUGAAAUCCUGGCUGCUGAGGAGGACACUCUCUUCUUCUUCAGGAAAAACAAGGCUUUGCCAGAAGUGACAGAGCUGGAGGGCUUGAGUUCAUAUCCGCCCAGGAGCCCCUGAGGGUUCCCAGCAGGAGCAGACUGCCUUGUACGCAUUCCCCUGACUGCUCUUGCGGCCCCUCAGAUGUAGGGGCGUGGGUUUGGCACAGAAUAAGUAUCUAUCUGUGGUCGUUUGACUGGAAAUGAGAUUUCUGGGAUGCUGUGGUCACUACCACCAAACCACCAAUGUGGUCAACCACCAUUGUUUGACCACAUGAUAAGACAUGGUGUGAUGUGACAUUGUAUUAUAUAGUGCCCCACAUGGUACUAUGUGCUAUCAUGCCACACCUUGUAAUGCCACGCUACUCGUUGUC